CCUCAUUGACACCUAGCUGAUCUCACAUCUACUCUCAGCAUGUCCUACGGCUGCUGUUCUGGAAGGUUCUCCUCUAGAUCCUUUGGGGGUCAACUGAACUACCCCUACUCCUCCUGUGGCUCUUCCUACCCCCGCCACCUGAUCUACAGCACUAACUUCUGCUCUCCCAGAACCUGCCAUGUGGGCUCCUCUCUGCACAGCGGCUGCCAUCAGAACUGCUUCCAGCCCAUCAGAUGCCAGACUUCCCACGUGGUGCAAAGCUCCUGUCAGCGGCCCAGCUACAGCUCCAGGGUCUCCAGCCUCUGCAGUCCCUGCAGGACCACAUAUGCUGGCUCUCAGGGCUUCGGGUCCGGCAGCUGUCACUCCCUGGGCUAUGGGUCAAGGAGCUCUUACUCACUGAGCUGUGGAUCCAGUGGCUUUAGACCCCAUGGCUUCUCUUCCCUGGGCUAUGGGUCAAGGAGCUUCUACACUUCAGGCUGUGGUCUCAGUGGCUUCAGACCUGUGAGAUGUGGAGUCCGCCGCUACCCUUCCUUUGGUUAUGGAUCUGGAUUCUGCCAACCAUCCUGUGUGACUUCUAGAAACUUCAGUUCUUCUUGUAAAAGGCUCACCUGUGGAUCAGCCAUCUAGAGAUCAAGUCGCUGAACUUCCUGAUUAUAAGUAAACCUCUCUCUGCAUCCUUUCUCUGGCCACACCGGGUCUAUUCAACUAAGAAAUUAAUGAAUAAUCAAAU